AUGCCAAGGCAAGACUCGAGUCUUCCUCCCGGAGCUCUAAGUUCACGUCGCUCUCCCUCCACUGGCUUGGCCCCACUACCCACGCUGGCAGUCAAGGAAGAGCCAAUCCCAAUAGGAAUCCUCCAGGACACCCAUGAUCAUAGUGGACACUCCACCAAUGGUGCGGCCUCACAGACCGCCCCAGAGUCGGUCCUCCCUACGGGUAAGCCCAUCCCGAAUACCAUUACUUCAACCAAUCCCCCUCCGUCAGCAGCUAACCGGUCGCGGAGUAAUGACUGCCGAAAACUAUUUGGCCAAAAAACUCCGAAACCGAGCCAUACAGCAUUAGGCACGGGGACGGGUGCCAAGGCCCAGUUGUUGCAGCUGCAGGAGCCGAUGCCCCUGCAGAAUCUUCAAUGGAAAGCUAUCUCUGCUCCCAUUGGCUGUCCGGAAUUUACCCCCCACCCGCAAGGGAUUGGGCGGCGCUUACCAGGAGAAGUCUUAAAAGGGGAGGGAUCCAGCAGUUCGACCUCAGAACCUCCUCAGACAUUGCCCUACAGACACCACUUCACCCCUUCUGCUCCCCUGCCUCCCCUGGGGAAGUCCCAACUGCCCGAAUUCUGCUAUUCUGAUGUUGCCUUCUCAGCCAAAGGUUCCCAGAACCUCACAGAUGGCCAUUCAAAACCUGUCUACAGCUGUCACUCACACCACGACAAAAGUCACCUCGUCACCAAAACCUGUCUACAGCUGUCACUCACACCACGACCAAAGUCAUCUCGUCACCAAAACCUGUCUACAGCUGUCACUCACACCACGACAAAAGUCACCUCGUCACCAAAAAAACCUGUCUACCAGCUGUCCCAUCACAUCACGACAAAGUCACCCUUCGUCACCAAAACCUGUCUACAGCUGUCACUCACACCACGACCAAAGUCAUCUCGUCACCAAAACCUGUCUACAGCUGUCACUCACACCACGACAAAAGUCAUCUCGUCACCAAAACCUGUCUACAGCUGUCACUCACACCACGACAAAAAGUCACCUCGCACCAAAACCUGUCCUACAGCUGUCACUCCACCCAGACCAAAGUCAUCUCGUCACCAAAAACCUGUCUUACAGCUGUCACUCACAUUCACGACAAAAGUCACCUCGUCACCAAAACCUGUCUACAGCUGUCACUCACACCACGACAAAAGUCACCUCGUCACCAAAACCUGUCUACAGCUGUCACUCCCACCACGACCAAAGUCAUCUCGUCACCAAAACCUGUCUACAGCUGUCACUCACACCACGACAAAAGUCAUCUCGUCACCAAAACCUGUCUACAGCUGUCACUCACACCUCGACCAAAGUCAUCUUGUCACCAAAUCUGUCUACUUCUGUCACUCACACCACGACAAAAGUCACCUCGUCACCAAAACCUGUCUACAGCUGUCACUCACACCUCGACAAAAGUCACCUCGUCACCAAAACCUGUCUACAGCUGUCACUCACACCUCGACAAAAGUCACCUCGUCACCAAAACCUGUCUACAGCUGUCACUCACACCUCGACAAAAGUCAUCUCGUCACCAAAACCUGUCUACAGCUGUCACUCACACCUCGACAAAAGUCACCUUGUCACCAAAACCUGUCUACAGCUGUCACUCACACCACGACAAAAGUCAUCUCGUAA